AUGGCAAAAGUUUACUGGCCCAUUCUGCUGUUGUGUGGAAAACUGAUCGUGUGCUCGAACCUUCAUCUUUCUCUGAAUGCUACGUAUCAGUGUCUCAUUUCAGAUUUGAAUAUGGAUUCUCCUCAGUCUGGCAGCCCACCUCAGGCAGACCCAUUACCUCUUUUUGCUCAAGGAAACAAGACAUCACAAGAGAGAGUGGCUGUUAAAGAUGCUCAGCUCUCCAAGCAUGAACGCAGUCACUCUGCUCAGAAGACCUUUCAGUGUCCUGACUGUCACAAAGCUUACAAGACUCCCACUGAGCUCCGCAACCACAGCCGCUCCCACACAGUGCAGCAGCAGGAGCAGGACCCUGAGCAGGGGUCAGUAUGUGGGAUUACUGCUGACACAAGCCUCCCUCAGCUCUCCUCUCACUGCGACGUCAACUUUGGGACAUGGGACCAAGUCCAGGUCACAGAGAACCUCCCCACAGUGGACUCGAGCUGCCUGUCUGUGGUCAAAGUGGAUGUACAUGUGUGUGAGACCUGUAGAGCAGAGUUCAUUCAACUCUCUGAUCUUCAGGAACACGAGAAGCAGCACCCUAAGCCCCGCCCCCACGUGUGUGACACCUGUGGAAAAGCAUUUCACAACAAAUCAGGGCUUCGCAAACAUCAGAAGAUUCACUCCAACAGCAAGCCCCACAGCUGCUCACUCUGCGGAAAGACAUUUCUGUUUGCUGCAUAUCUUCGCAAGCACCUACGGACUCACGCCGCCGCAGCCAGUGACCUGACCAUGUCCUCCAGCACGAUCGAAGCCAGCGCCAUCUCCCUGACGGAUCCUGUCUCUGCAUUCCAGAACAUGCCAGAAUACCUGGUCAAACAAGAGAACGUGUGA